AUGGCUUGCCUCGUCAACGGCGAACCUCCACCUUUAUCAUUUUCUUCUGGCGAGUCACGCGCCGACUCGGAUGGCCGGUCGUCAAUUUCACCGGGUGGUUGCGUCUGCCCGACCCCUAUGAACGCAUCUUCACCUGGGAAAAGUUGCGGUUAUGAGCUCUACAAAGCUGAAAUCCCGAAUCACACCGACUCACCUCCAAAAGUGAGCCGCUCGUGUCACGGGCCCCGUGUGCCCGUGUUCCCCCCGCUGGACCUCAAUGACAGAGGGUACAUGUGCAGUAUUAGCCUAACCCAAUCCAUUCGAAAAUGCGUUGCGCCUCCCUUGCCUGUAAACGGUUUGACAUUACUUGUUGCAUUGAUUGAACGCACUUGCCGACCGAUCAGCAACGCUUCCUGUUGGGAGCUGGUUGCUGCCGAAAGUCGAUCUUGCUCGAAACCCUCUCAUAAAAUGGCUUCAAGCGGGGAAGAAAUUUCGGACGAAGAGUACGACUGGGAUUACUACCGUGGAGAAGACGACCCUGAAGAGACUGAGGCGUCAAGCUCGGAUCCCGAACACUUCGCCUACGAAUGCCUCAAUGUGGAAGCCAUUGAACGUCUAUUCAACGAAAGCGUGGAUGCAGUUAGCAAUGCGUUCAACAUCAAGCCGUCGCUUGCCCGUCCACUUCUUCAUGGGUAUCAAUGGGAUUUGAAAGCUGUGCUUUCGGAAGGUGCUGAAAAUUUAGAUGGAGUGCUUGUGAAAACCCACGUGAAGCCGGUUACUUGUAACGAGCCAGGUGGUGCCCAACAAGUUGGUGGCUUCAUGCUGUGCCCCGUUUGCAUUUCGAAGAAUCCAAAAGAGUGUUUCGCCUCCCUUGCGUGUAAACAUAUGUUCUGCAAAGAUUGUUGGGCCACACAUUUCGAAACUCAAGUUCGUUGUGGAACCUCCACCGGAAUCUCUUGCAUGGCACAAAGUUGUGGAGUAUUGGCACCCGAGGACUUCGUUCUCCCGUUGCUUUCACUUGCCUCUCUCAGAGAGCAGUAUCAAUAUCUGGCCUUUUGUGAUCAUGUAAAGGCAUAUCCCCUCCUCCGAUUUUGUCCUGGUCCGAAGUGCAGCAAAAUUAUCAAGGUGCGUGAGGCCGAAGCCAAGCGAAUCAUUUGUGUAUCCUGCAAAACGUCGUUCUGCUUUCGUUGUUCUUGUGAUUAUCAUGCCCCAGCUUCUUGUGAAGUUAUCAAGAAGUGGCUGACGAAGUGUGCUGAUGACAGUGAAACUGCAAAUUACAUCAGUGCGUUGACCAAAGACUGUCCGAAAUGUAAUGUUUGCAUUGAGAAAAAUGGUGGCUGCAAUCACAUGCAAUGCUCAAAAUGCAAGCAUGACUUCUGUUGGAUGUGUCUUGGGCCAUGGAAGUCUCACGGCACAGAAUAUUAUGGUUGCUCAAGAUACAAUGAAAAUCCGAAUAUUGCCUGCGAAUCGGCGAGUGCCAAGGCUCGCGAAGCUUUGAAAAAAUACCUUUUCUAUUAUGAGAGAUGGGAAAAUCAUGCAAAAAGCCUGAAGUUGGAAGAAAACACGACAAAACGAAUAAAGCAGCGGAUUCAAGAAAAAGUCAUGGCGGGUCAGGGAACUUGGAUUGACUGGCAAUACUUGCUGGAGGCCACAAGUCUUCUCGCCAAGUGUCGGUACAGUCUGCAGUAUACAUAUGCAUACGCAUAUUACCUGGAGCCUGGACCGCUGAAGGAGUUGUUCGAAUAUCAGCAGUCCCAACUAGAAACGGAAAUUGAAAAUUUAUCAUGGAAAAUAGAAAGAGCUGAAAGCACGGAUCGUGGGGACAUUGAAAGUCAGAUGUGUGUUGCCGAAAAACGAAGAGCAACUCUAUUCAAAGACUUUUAUUGCGGAUGUGCCUCGCAAUCGCAAAUGCUGAAUGCAUCUCCGGCAACAUUGUGGAAGAAUGUAUUGGACGUUUCGCGUCUGGAAGCCUCGAAGGAUGCCCGGCUUGUUUGCGUGGGGGGUGAAGGAGUCCCAGCAAACCGCGUAGUACUUGCUGCACAGAGCCCUUAUUUUCGUCGCCUCUUGGAAUCACAAACCACGGAAACGUUGGCCGGUGUUGGUCGUGUUCUGUGGUUGCAUGAGCCUGACUUGCCAGCUGACGUGGUACGUCUAGUUGUUGAUCGGUUGCACGGAAAGCACAUUUCUUUGACUUCAAACAACCGAGAAAUUUUUGAAAACAUCCUGCGUAAAUGGGAGGUUUACGGAAAAGAGCAAGAAGUGAAUGGAUUCCCUGAACCGUCUCGAUCUCCUUCCCAGAAAAGUCAUCGUGCUUCUUUUAAAGCUCGAAUUUCGCGCUUGGGUGUUCAACCAACUCGUGCAUCAAUCACAAACACAUCAUCGUCUUUUUCGCCGAAUAAACACCAAUUACCACAAAAUAGACAGGAUAGAGCAAUCUUGAAUUCCAAAGUCCGGAAAUUUCGUGUGAACGAGAAGUCCAAUGGAGAAAAGGUUCGUAUUAUUCAGAAGACUCGUGGCUCAAAUAAGGGAGCAACGGAAAAGAAGAGGGAUGAUUCAUCUUCGAAGAAAUCAUCCCGCAUUCCUGUCCGUGAUUCAGAAAAUAAAAUCCAAGUUGCAGAAAAUACUCUUCCAGCUAAGGAACGAAGAGUGAAGAACGUUUUACAAGGCCAAGAAAUACUUGAAGUUCCUCAAAUAGAAGAAGAGUUGCCUUUUCGGCCAAUUCCGUAUACGAUCGAUUUGGUCAGAAAAAUGGUGCUGAAGCGUUCCAGCGCCUUUGAACUCAAGGUUAAUCUGGACGUUUGCCAAACAGACGUGUCUGAGAUGGAGUCUGACGAAACGUACGAGCAUCUUGAAGAGGAAGAUGACGUGAAACCUGUCCAGCCGACCCACGAGACUCGUAGGUUCCCAAUGCAUCCUGGGCAUAUUGAAGUGAAUGUUGAACGGAUUGAAGCAAAUAUCUGGAAAGGACGUCGCACUAUUGCGCCGUUUGCAUGGGCAUACAUUUGCGAAUACUGCGGUCACGUGACUAAGGGAGUUCGUGCAAAUGAUCUCGCGGAACUCCGCAUUCAUGUGAUUGGUCAUGAGCGACCACCAGAUGUUAAUGGGGUGCGACAAAGGUCAGAUUUAUUGUCCCUUUUAGAAUACUUCAAUUAUGAUGUCAGUGCUGGCGAAUGUAUCUUGCCUGUGGAUAUUAAUAAUAUGACGAUUUCUUCUGUUGCCGGUGGGAGUUCAAUGGACGUGAACGAAGUUGACAGUGGAGAUGAAGAUGUCUAUGAUGAGCUUAUGUCUCGUGCACUGUGGGUGGAUCCUGAUGCCAUUGAUAAGAUCAAUGAAAUAGACAUGGACUUACAAUUUCCAACUUCAGCUGAAGAAUACUUGGCAUUUGUAAGAAGAGAAGCGCGAGCCUUGCCGCAAGUAUUCCGAGCCGAACCUCCAGAAACCAAAUGCCGCGGAAAGGAUUGGAAACCAGCCAUGUUUGAUUUCCCGUUCGUGACGUUGAUUCCUGCUCCAGAGGGUUUUGAAGCGGAUGAAGCCUGGGACAGCGAAAGAAUCCAUCAAUUUUCCAAGUUGAGGGAAGCCGUGGAUAUGUUUCGUCAGUCCUACGCGAACAAUUCUUCACUGCGGAAUUCAAUGAUCAAACUGAGGAGGAUAAAAUCAAAGGAAUGGAUGUCACGAGCUUUUCCAGACGCAAGUAGUGUGUCUGAGGACGCUGAAGAUGUUUCAACGGACAGUGAAGCCGAUGAACGUGGGAGGAUAAACGCAAUGCCUCUUACUCCCAUGUGUACGGUUUUUUGGCCAAAGCCUGAUCGUUCUUGCGGGGCCGGAAUCCUAACCCACCUCGAUAAAGACUCAAUGGAAGGUAAUCGUUGUUUGGAUGAAAGCGAGACGCGGAUUGGAACAGAGCCGUUGGUAUCCAUCAUAGCUUCCAUACCGCAGGUGAGAGUCCGGGAAUUGCUGGAUUUGCAUGUGGAGCGGAUGCGCGACAUCGGUUUCUCACAUUUCCAAGGAAGUUGGUUGUUCGCCUUAUUGUGUGCCAUCAAAAAACCGCUUUUGGCCGAGACGACAUCGACACUGCGAGAACUUGCUAAGCUCUGCUCGAUUUAUAGAGCGAGGCUGGUCGGCGGCUUAACUCCCUGUGCGCGUGGUUCCGGUGCGGGUUGUAUUUAUUCGAGGUGUGACACGAUGUUUCUCGUUCGGCGUUCUGCUUCCCUUGCGCAUCAGUUGCCUCGUAGCGCUCGAAAGAUAAACAAGAACGCUAUUGCUGCCCUGGUCUUGAACGGAUCAGCGAAACAUGCUGAGCUAAGGGAAAGAAAUUUCGCGACGGGAAAUGUCGCCAAGGCAGCCGAAGUUUCUUCUAUUUUAGAAGACAGGAUUCUUGGAGCUUCUACAAAGAUCGAUUUAGAAGAAACUGGACGUGUUCUGAGCAUCGGUGACGGUAUUGCCCGCGUCUAUGGUUUAAAGAAUAUUCAGGCCGAAGAAAUGGUUGAAUUCUCAUCCGGACUGAAGGGAAUGGCGUUGAACUUGGAACCUGACAAUGUGGGUGUCGUCGUAUUUGGUAACGAUAAGCUUAUUAAGGAGGGUGAUAUCGUCAAAAGAACCGGUGCUAUCGUUGAUGUACCCGUUGGUGACGACCUGCUUGGUCGUGUUGUCGACGCUUUGGGAAAUGCCAUCGAUGGAAAAGGACCAGUCAAGUCGCAGUCGAGGUCUCGUGUUGGAGUCAAAGCCCCAGGCAUCAUUCCACGCAUCAGUGUGCGGGAACCCAUGCAAAGUGGCAUCAAAGCCGUAGAUUCUCUUGUACCGAUUGGACGUGGUCAGCGAGAACUGAUCAUUGGUGAUCGGCAGACGGGCAAAACCGCUAUCGCCAUCGAUACAAUCAUCAACCAGAAGCGAUUCAAUGACGGUGCUGAUGAAAAGAAGAAAUUGUACUGUAUUUAUGUCGCUAUUGGCCAGAAGCGAUCGACCGUUGCCCAGAUCGUUAAGCGAUUGACUGAUUCUGAUGCGAUGCGAUAUACAAUCGUUGUGUCAGCAACUGCCUCAGAUGCAGCCCCGCUGCAAUAUCUUGCACCGUACACCGGGUGUGCUCUGGGUGAACACUUCCGUGAUAAUGGCAAGCACGCCCUGAUCAUCUUCGACGACUUGUCUAAACAGGCGGUCGCUUACCGUCAGAUGUCCCUGCUGUUGCGGCGACCUCCAGGUCGUGAAGCUUAUCCUGGUGAUGUAUUCUACUUGCACUCUCGUCUCCUCGAACGAGCUGCAAAGAUGAAUGAGACUCAUGGAGGCGGGUCACUUACUGCCUUGCCUGUCAUUGAAACCCAGGCCGGCGACGUGUCAGCGUACAUCCCCACAAACGUGAUUUCCAUCACAGACGGGCAGAUUUUCCUGGAAACAGAAUUAUUCUACAAGGGCAUCCGACCAGCUAUCAAUGUCGGUCUUUCUGUGUCGCGUGUCGGUUCUGCUGCCCAAACAAAGGCUAUGAAGCAGGUUGCCGGAAGUAUGAAGCUCGAGUUGGCCCAGUACCGUGAAGUGGCAGCUUUUGCGCAGUUCGGUUCCGACUUGGAUGCCGCCACACAGCAACUGUUGAACCGCGGCGUUCGACUCACUGAACUUUUGAAGCAAGGGCAAUAUGGCGUUCUUGAGUUGCCUUUGUGUACUCUAGUUAGUCUAGUAGACCAUUUUUAUCGUCUUUUCGUGGAAAUGAUUGUCACUGCAAUUGUUCCCAUGGCGAUUGAAGAGCAGGUAGCGAUUAUUUAUUGUGGUGUGCGAGGUUUCUUGGACAAAGUUGAUCCAGCCAAAAUCACUGCAUUCGAGAAAGACUUCAAAGCUCACAUCCUAUCUUCCCAUAAGGAUAUCUUGGAGACAAUCGCAAAAGAUGGUCAGCUUACGCCUGAGACUGACGGGAAGUUGAAAAAAGUGGUCUCUGACUUCGUUUCCGGCUGGUCGGGUUAAGUCGUGCAAUGUUCAGAUGAAAAUUUCGGAAACAAUCCAGACGUGUUUGUUUUCGGCGGUGCGAAAAGGUGUUAGUUAUUCGAAUUCCCGUGUCACAGCUCGGCGGUGAUUGAACGAUUCAAGCGUUCUGUCUCCGUAAAAGUGGUUCGUUAGAAUUCUUGUUCAACGCUUUGUUCUUUUUAUUUCAUUGUGUGUCCAGUCACAUUUUUUAAACGUCCGGAAGUUCGAGUAAAAACCACGAAUUUCUUGACUGA